GCCGAGCCGCCCCCUCCGCGGCUGCAGGGAGAGCUCGUCGAGCUCUGCGGACGCAGCCACCUUCGCCACCGCCGCCUCUUCCUCCUCCUGCUGGCGUGCCGGGGCCGCUCCCGGUGGCGGCGCUGCCCUGGGUGGGCGGCGGGCCGGGGCGGCAGCUGAGCACUCUGCGCGGCGCAGCCAGUUCUCCCGGCCGCGCGGCGCCGUGACAGGUGCAGAGUCUGGGCUGAAGUCUCACCUGCAGCCGUCGCCGCGAUGCCCACCAUGCGGAGAACAGUGUCCGAGAUUCGCUCUCGAGCUGAGGGUUAUGAGAAGACAGAUGAAGUUUCGGAGAAGACCUCACUGGCUGAUCAGGAGGAAGUCAGGACUAUAUUCAUCAACCAGCCCCAGCUGACAAAAUUCUGCAAUAACCAUGUCAGCACUGCAAAAUACAACAUAAUCACAUUCCUUCCAAGAUUUCUCUACUCUCAGUUCAGAAGAGCUGCUAAUUCAUUUUUUCUCUUUAUUGCACUGCUUCAGCAAAUACCUGAUGUGUCACCAACAGGUCGUUAUACAACACUGGUUCCUCUCUUAUUUAUUUUAGCUGUGGCAGCUAUCAAAGAAAUAAUAGAAGAUAUUAAACGACACAAAGCUGAUAAUGCGGUGAACAAGAAGCAGACACAAGUUUUGAGAAAUGGUGCUUGGGAAAUUGUUCACUGGGAAAAGGUAAAUGUUGGAGAUAUAGUUAUAAUAAAAGGCAAAGAGUAUAUACCUGCUGACACUGUACUUCUCUCAUCAAGUGAGCCCCAGGCCAUGUGCUACAUUGAGACAUCCAACUUAGAUGGUGAAACAAACUUGAAAAUUAGGCAGGGCUUACCAGCAACCUCAGAUAUCAAAGACAUUGACAGUUUGAUGAGAAUUUCUGGCAAAAUUGAGUGUGAAAGUCCAAACAGACAUCUCUAUGAUUUUGUUGGAAAUAUAAGACUUGAUGGACAUGGCACUGUUCCUCUGGGAGCAGAUCAGAUUCUUCUUCGAGGUGCUCAGUUAAGAAAUACUCAGUGGGUUCAUGGAAUAGUUGUCUACACUGGACAUGACACCAAGCUGAUGCAGAAUUCAACAAGCCCACCACUUAAGCUCUCCAAUGUGGAACGGAUUACAAAUGUACAAAUACUGAUUUUGUUUUGUAUCUUAAUUGCCAUGUCUCUUAUCUGUUCUGUGGGCUCAGCCAUUUGGAAUGGAAGGCACUCUGGAAAAGACUGGUAUCUCAAUCUAAACUAUGGUGGUGCUAAUAAUUUUGGACUGAAUUUCUUGACCUUCAUCAUCCUUUUCAACAAUCUCAUUCCAAUCAGCUUGUUGGUUACAUUAGAGGUGGUGAAAUUCACUCAGGCAUACUUCAUAAACUGGGAUCUCGACAUGCACUAUGAACCCACAGACACUGCUGCUAUGGCUCGAACAUCUAAUCUGAAUGAGGAACUUGGCCAGGUUAAAUACAUAUUUUCUGACAAAACGGGUACUCUGACAUGCAACGUAAUGCAGUUCAAGAAGUGCACUAUAGCAGGAAUUGCUUAUGGCCAUGUCCCUGAACCUGAGGAUUAUGGGUGCUCUCCUGACGAAUGGCAGAGCUCUCAGCUGGGAGAUGAAAGAACAUUUAAUGAUUCAUCAUUGCUGGAAAAUCUCCAAAAUAAUCAUCCAACGGCUCCUAUCAUAUGUGAAUUUCUUACAAUGAUGGCCGUAUGCCACACAGCAGUGCCAGAGCGGGAAGGUGACAAGAUCAUUUAUCAAGCCGCAUCUCCAGAUGAGGGGGCCCUGGUCAGAGCAGCCAAGCAAUUGAAUUUUGUUUUCACUGGAAGAACACCUGACUCGGUCAUUAUCGAUUCACUGGGGCAGGAAGAAAGAUACGAAUUGCUAAAUGUGCUGGAGUUCACCAGUGCUAGAAAAAGAAUGUCAGUAAUUGUUCGCACUCCAUCCGGGAAGUUACGACUUUACUGCAAAGGAGCUGACACUGUAAUUUAUGAACGACUUGCAGAGACUUCAAAAUACAAAGAAAUUACCCUAAAACAUUUAGAACAGUUUGCUACAGAAGGGUUAAGAACAUUGUGUUUUGCCGUGGCUGAGAUUUCGGAGAGCGACUUUGAGGAGUGGCGAGCUGUCUACCAACGGGCGUCCACCUCCGUGCAAAACAGGCUGCUGAAGCUGGAGGAGAGCUACGAGCUGAUCGAAAAGAACCUUCAACUACUUGGAGCUACAGCCAUUGAGGAUAAAUUACAAGAUCAAGUGCCUGAAACCAUAGAAACUCUGAUGAAAGCAGAUAUCAAAAUCUGGAUCCUUACAGGAGACAAGCAAGAAACUGCCAUUAAUAUUGGACACUCCUGCAAACUCUUAAAGAAGAACAUGGGAAUGAUUGUAAUAAAUGAAGGCUCUCUUGAUGCAACCAGGGAAACCCUCAGUCGGCACUGUGUUACCCUUGGGGAUGCACUUCGGAAAGAGAAUGAUUUUGCUCUUAUAAUUGAUGGGAAGACCCUCAAGUAUGCCUUAACCUUCGGAGUCCGGCAGUAUUUCCUGGACCUAGCUUUGUCAUGCAAAGCUGUCAUUUGCUGCAGGGUUUCUCCUCUUCAAAAAUCUGAAGUCGUUGAGAUGGUUAAGAAACAAGUCAAAGUCAUAACACUGGCAAUUGGUGAUGGAGCAAAUGACGUCAGCAUGAUACAGACAGCCCACGUUGGUGUCGGGAUAAGUGGCAACGAAGGCUUGCAGGCGGCGAAUUCCUCAGACUACUCCAUAGCCCAGUUCAAGUAUUUGAAGAACUUACUGAUGGUUCAUGGUGCCUGGAACUAUAACAGAGUGUCCAAGUGCAUCCUGUACUGCUUCUACAAGAACAUAGUCCUCUAUAUUAUCGAGAUCUGGUUUGCCUUUGUUAAUGGCUUUUCUGGACAGAUCCUCUUUGAAAGAUGGUGUAUAGGUCUUUAUAAUGUGCUGUUUACAGCAAUGCCUCCCUUAACUCUUGGAAUAUUUGAGAGAUCAUGCCGAAAAGAAAAUAUGUUGAAGUAUCCUGAACUAUACAAAACAUCUCAGAAUGCUCUGGACUUCAACACCAAGGUUUUCUGGGUUCAUUGUUUAAAUGGCCUCUUCCACUCAGUUAUUCUGUUUUGGUUUCCACUAAAAGCCCUUCAGUAUGGUAAUGUAUUUGGAAAUGGGAAAACUUCUGAUUACCUGCUUCUGGGAAACUUUGUUUACACUUUUGUAGUGAUAACUGUGUGUUUGAAAGCUGGACUGGAGACAUCAUAUUGGACAUGGUUCAGCCACAUAGCAAUCUGGGGCAGUAUCGCGCUCUGGGUGGUGUUUUUUGGAAUCUACUCAUCUCUGUGGCCUGCUGUUCCGAUGGCCCCUGACAUGUCUGGAGAGGCGGCCAUGUUGUUCAGUUCCGGAGUCUUUUGGACAGGCUUACUAUUUAUCCCUGUGGCAUCUUUGCUUCUGGAUGUGGUAUACAAGGUCAUCAAGAGGACUGCUUUUAAAACAUUAGUAGAUGAAGUUCAGGAGCUUGAGGCAAAAUCUCAAGACCCAGGAGCAGUUGUGCUCGGGAAAAGCCUCACAGAAAGGGCGCAACUGCUCAAGAACGUCUUUAAGAAGAACCAUGUGAACUUGUACCGCUCCGAGUCACUGCAACAAAACCUGCUCCAUGGGUACGCUUUCUCUCAAGAUGAAAAUGGAAUCGUCUCGCAGUCUGAAGUGAUUAGGGCCUAUGAUACCACAAAACAGAGGCCUGAUGAGUGGUGAAGGGGAGCAGCUGAGAGGCAGGACCUGCUACAUCUCUCAGGAGAGCCACUGCAACCUAAGGUCGUCACCGCAAUCUGCUGACCAAUUCCAGUCUGGUCCAUGGAGAGGAAAGGUGGAUCUGAGCUCAUCUCACUGAUGGGCCUUCAGAUCCACGUACAUUACAGACAUAGUGCUGCGGCUGCACUGUAACACCACCUUUCUUGGAUUUUUAAAGUGUUUGCUAAGGCUUUGUAUACAGAAAUUGAAAAUGACCUUGUGUCUUGCCAGAGUGUUUUCUUAAACCAAGAGCAGGUUGGUCUUCUUGCACCAACCUGGGUCUGUUUCUGAUUGUCAGUUCAUUGGCUAUAUCACAAGGUGACCAGUGAUUUAAAAACUCUAAAAUGGUGUUAAGCUAAAGGUAGUCUUGAUAUCCAGACUUAGAUAUCAGGAUAUGCUGAAGCAAACCAGCAUUCUUAAGGAACUGACUCACCUUACUGAGCAUUUCUAAACAAGGCAUUAAUAAAUGUUGGUGUCAAAAAUUGUCUUGAUAAAUGUUUGCCAAAGAAGUUCAGUAAGUGUAUUUCUCAUUCAGUAGUCAUUUGCCCAGAAAUUUAAGAGAAAGUUUACUUCCAGUUCUGCUGUAAGAUCUGCAUGCUUGACUUUUCAAAUGUGAGAGUGAUUUGCAAAAAUUAAUAUUUCAAGGCAUUUGCUACUCAAAUCUGUGAUGUUGCACCUUUGGCCUUACAAGUGCUUCUUUGUUGUUUGUGUUGUUUCUUUGUUCAAGUUAGAGGGCAAGUGUGCUAAUUGACUGUCCUUACAGUACUGAUUUUUAACAUUUAUGUCUCAGUCAUUUCUGAUAGUUUCAUCAUCCCUUAGAUUUUCUAAAAGUCUGGCUUCUGCUGUAGAUUGAGUGGUGUCAUUUUGUCUUAAAAUUUUCCCUAUUAAGAAAAUUAUGCUUUAUCACACAUUUAUGUGUGAUAAACAAAGCUUUUUGUUAAGAUACUUGGAAUAACGUGUCAGACCAAUGCAUGGGCUUCUGUAAUGUACAUAGGCUCAGCUAUUGUAAUGCGUUUUGUUCUAUUUGUUCCAACUAGAGAUGCCUGCUAACUUAUGUAGCAUACUAUGUGUUAUGGUGACUGUCUCUGUCCUUAAGACUUGAUUAUUUCACAGUUGACGCCUCAAGCAGUUCCCAAAAUUGGUCAUGUACUGCUUAUUGAGACAAAUAAGUAGUGCACUUUUCCCCAUUUAAAAAAUAUGUAUUUUACUCAAGCCUGCAACUUUACAGUUGAACACUUUCAUCAUGAACACAGUUCAUUAAUGUGUUUUAAAAUGUAUGUUCAGCUUAAUUUAUUUCAGCAUUUCCAUGACGUCUCCUGAAAAUGCCUAUUUUGCUACCAACGAUAAAUGGUGAAGGGGCUGUUUAAAAACCACAACCAGUUUUCUACACUAUUUUUAGAAUAAUGCUUUCAUUUAAAAAGAAAAAAAAAGGAUUCUAGUUUUCAGAUAUAUUUCAGAGAUAGAAGCAAACUUUUUUGCCUUUUAUU